AUGGAGCAAAGCAGAGUUAUUCCAGAGGGAGAAUGGAUCUCUCACUCUCCUGGUGGGAUGUUCACUGGUGAUCAGGAGGCGGAUCUCAUGUUUAUCCAGUUGCUUGAAAAUUAUCCCAUGAUUCCAGACAUGGCAAUCGCAGAGGGUUUUUGGUCUGGUAAUGAAGAAUCAACAACAAUGAUGAACAUUUCAGGCAACUAUGGAAGUCCAAUUUAUUCUUUAGAAACUACUAGUUCUCAUUUGAACGGCAGUUCACAAGGCCUUUCACAAGAGACUGAUCUAUCUCCCCCAAUGACGUUGGCAACCAGGAAUGAUAUAAGCAACGACGACAAUUCUCUGUCUACUGACUUUUGUGAUGCGGAGACCAUAGACACUAGUUUGUAUCUCAUACAAGGAGAAGGUGAUGUAAACAUUGACUGCAAUAUGGAAGAACCCAGCAGGUACCAGCGUGAAGAACCAGUGGAAGCUCACGAAAAAUGUAACACCAGCUCCAAGAUUAAUACUGUCAAGAGACCAAAAAUGUCGGAAAAUGAUCAAAUUAAUAAGAGGAGAAAGUCCACGAAGAGCAGCAUCAACGAAGAAGAUGAGAAUCAUAUUGAGCUGAGUGCAGUAAAAAGUGGGAAUGAGGCUGCAGCUCUCAACUUGAAUGGAAAGACAAGAGCUACUAGGGGGUCUGCCACCGAUGCCCAAAGUGUCUAUGCAAGGAGAAGAAGAGAGAGAAUUAACGAGAGGCUCAAAGUCCUACAAAACCUUGUUCCCAAUGGAAGAAAGGUUGACAUUAGCACAAUGCUUGAGGAAGCUGUCAAUUAUGUGAAGUUUUUGCAGCUUCAAAUCAAGAUGUUAAGCUCCGAUGAUAUGUGGAUGUAUGCUCCCAUAUGUUACAAUGGAAUGUUCCUCGGACUUGAUGGAUAUAUAUGA